GCAGGCCGUAAACAUUACGAUAACAGCAGGGAAUAUCCGAUAUUAAAAUAGGCUGGUAUUUAUCUUUCUACUUUCUCCUGCAAUAAACAAGUUUAUUAAAGCAGUAUUUCACGAACGUUGGAAACUAAUUUCCUGCUUUCUUAGUUCUUUCUUUUUAAUAUUAACACAAAAGAUUAUCACCAUUUUGCGGUGACUCAAGAAACAGGUUUUGUUUUUAUUCAUUACCGACAAUUAGUCAAUGCUGGAAAGUAGCCUUGAAGUUCUCUUUAAGUUUUCUCGACUACACCCAACUUUACUUGUCUAGUUAUAUAUUUAUUAAGGUGACACAUCGGUUACGACAUAUCUCGAAGACUGGAAAUAUAUUGCCCUCAUAUAUAGCUGAGAGAGUUCUUGAGUUUUCAGUUUUUUCGGAAUACUUUGGACAAAAUGCAGAGCUUAGGAGUGUUCGCGUUCGUAUUGUGUAUUGUUGCGGGAUGUCACGGCAAUACUUUUAAAUUAGGCGCUUGCCCGAGAGUUGUUGUUAUGAAUAACUUGGAUUUUGAUCAAUUUCUAGGUGAAUGGUAUGUUGUUCAACGAUUUAAUCCAAUGGCUACUUGUACAAAGAUAUUAUAUAAUAAGACUUCCGAUGACUCAUACACCAUAAGUGAGAAAAGCCGUCCACUUGGACUUAACUUUAACUUUCACUAUCAGUUUAUCAAGCCUAGACAUCUGAAUUUUCUCAGGAAUGAUACAACAUCCAUAUUUAGAGCUGAAAGAGACAUAGCCCAUUUCACCUUGAGCACCUUUGGCGUGAUUGAUACUGAUUACAAUAAUUACGCUGUUGUUUGGGGAUGUGAUCCCGUACUCUUUGGAAGUAUCCAAAAUGUGGACAUUCUCUCUCGCACACCAACCCCUCAGACAAAUUUGAUAAAAUCUGUUAAGGAAACACUCAAGAACUUAUCAAUAGAUUAUCAUCCAAUGGACAACGUUGAUCAAACAAGAUGUGAGGAUUCUAAUUCAAAUUCGGAUGGAUCUUCUACCGAUGGCGAUAGAAACACAAACAAUAUUAUUGCUGGAUAAAUGAAAUCAUUGUCUAGAGCAGAAAAUAUUUUCAAAAAAUGCAUUCUUUUUUUGAUGUAAAUAUACUAAAAAGUUUUUUGUACGUGAAUUCCAAGCCAUAUAUAAUUUUUUU